AUGGACGAUAGCAGUCAAUUGCCUUUGGUGGAUCAAUCAUCUAUGUCCCUAUCCCUGGUAGAUGAUGAUUCCAUAUUGAACAACAAUGUAAAAUACAGUCAAUUGGAAAUGAGUUUACCCGUCGAAGAGACUAUUACUGGGGAAGUGGAAGACACCAGUAUGGCUGGUGUAAAAUUAAGCAUUACCAUGGAUGAGGAGGAAAAGAAUAUGCUGACAACAAAACCAAAGGGUAGAAAUGUACGCAGCGAUACACUUCUUGAGAAUAUUUGUUAUGGCAUGGCCAAAGAAAAGACCAAAAACAAGGCGAGUAUGGAAAAUGAGAAAAGUUUGGAGGGAGGAGGAGGAAGGGGAGGUAAUAAUAAAUCCAUGCCGGAUGAACUAGAAGAUAUUAGUAUUAACCGAACGAAAGGAAAUGAAACCAGCAAAGUGGAGGAUGAAACAACUGGAAGUGUUCUAGAUGAAAACGAUGAAGAGGAAGAAGAGGAUAGUAUUAUACCGGUAGACGAAGAUGAUGAGGACGAGGAGGGGGAUUGUGAAGAAAGUACAUUACAAAAUACCACCAACUUAGAAAAUACAAAAUCCGAUGCCAGCAAAAAUAUGUUUCAACAUUUACAACCUCAAGAUAAAACACAGGAUGACAAAGAAGACAAAAAGAAGAAGGAAAUUACUGCCAUUGAUAUGGAGGAAUCCAUGGAAGUGGAAAAUGAUGUAACUGAUAUUGUGGAACAAAGUGUAGAUAUACCCCAAGAAUCUUAUGUUGAAGAUGAUGAUCCUUCACAAUUACUACCCGAUGAAAAUGGUUACUUUAAAUAUCCUCUCGUUGAGUUGGGUAGACGUCUAUGGCCAUCGACGGAACAAAAACAAUGUUAUACCAAGGGAUGUCUAUGGUCACCGGAUGGUACAUGUUUAUUGGUGCCUGUGCAUAUGGAUGGUAUGCAUGUCCUGGAACUACCCACCGAUUUGUAUACCACUCAAGAAUUAAAUGCCAAACGAGAAUUAAGUCCUUUGACUACAGCGGUUCACGUCAAGGAGGGUGGCAUGGUUUAUGACUGUGCCUGGUAUCCAUUUAUGGCAAGUACAGAUCCUGCUACAUGCUGUUGGUUGGCCACCCGACAACAUGAACCCAUUCACAUGUGGGAUGCAUUUAGUGGAGAGUUGCGUUGUUCCUAUCGUGGUUAUGAUGAUGUCGAUGAGGUGGAAUCAGCAAUUUCAGUGGCAUUCAGCAAUGACGGCCAGAAAGUGGUGGGUGGAUAUAAGAAAAAUAUCAAAAUUUUUGAUACAAAUAUACCAGGACGUGAUUACACCUCGGUGCCGGUGAAACAAACUGUUUCCUGCUUUGCCUUCAAUCAGGAAAAUGAUAAUUGUGUAACAACUGGCUCCUGGAAUAGUCACAUUUAUCAUUAUGAUUUGAGAGCCCCCAAAUUGGGUCCUCUAUUUGUGCUAGGUGGCCAUAGUGGCGGUAUAACAUGGCUUAAAUACUCAGCCUAUAAUACCGAUAAUUGGUAUUUAUAUAGUGGUGCGCGAAAGGAUAAUAAAAUCCUGAAAUGGGAUAUGCGUAAUUAUCAGGAACCCGUCAAGACCUAUGAAAGGUCGGUGCAGACAAAUCAAAGGAUUUAUUUUGAUCUGAGUCCAUUGGAAAAAUGGCUGAUAAGUGGUGAUACCGAUGGUAGUUUACGUAUAUGGGAUGUGGAUGAUAAAGAGGAACCAAUGGAGAUUCCCUUACAUUUUGAUUGUUGUAAUGGUGUCAGCUUCCAUCCUUCGUUACCAAUAAUAAGUACCAGCUCGGGUCAAUAUCAUUUUACCGAUACGAAUAUAGUAGCAGAGUCUGAUGACAAAAAGUCCGAUGGUAAUUCUGCAGGGCAGAAAAUUAUUGAUUAUGAAAAUUCCGUUGUAUUCCUGUGGUAUGGUCCAUCAACGAAUGUAGAUUAA